UCAAAGCCUUGUGUAAGAAUUCAAAAGUCACUGUACGGCUUAAAGCAGUCGGGGCGUCAGUGGUAUAACAAAUACUCUGAAGUGCUAAAAUCACAAGGAUUUGCACAUAGUAUUGAGUGCCCGAGUGUAUUUUACAAACAUACCGACAAGGGUCCUGUUAUCACAAGCAUCUAUGUUGAUGAUACAAACGUCAUGGAUCCUGAGAAGAAGGCCGUUGACAAAGUAAAAACGUUUCUGAAAUCCACAUUCGAAAUGAAGGAUUUUGGCCAAGUAUCAGGUUGUAUUGGGAUCGAUAUCGAACAUUUACAUCAAGGUGUUUUUCUAUUGCAGUCAAAAAUGAUUCAAAAGAUUUAA